AUGCAAGGCUGGAUGUUCCUCCAGAGUCUUCGCAGGGGGCGUGGCCCAGCUGACGCCUGGAUUUCAGACUCUAGCAUCCAGAACGAGCCAUCCUGCUCCCCAGGGAAGAUACCAGCGUGGAGUAAUGGCAGCUUCAAUUUGUCCUACGCCAGCUUCCUCCUGGUGGGCUUCCCGGGGCUGCAGAAGACCCGCACGCUCCUGGUGCUGCCCUUCCUCAGCCUGUACCUACUGAUUGUCUCCGCCAACGCCCUGGUCAUCCACACAGUGGCAGCCCAGUGGAGCUUGCACCAGCCCAUGUACCUGCUCAUUGCCCUGCUCCUGGCUGUCAAUAUCUGUGCUGUCACCACUGUGGUGCCUGCCAUGCUGUUCAACUUCUCCACCCAUUUCAACUGCAUCUCCCUGGCUCACUGUCUGGACCAGAUGUUCUGCAUCUACUUCCUCAUUGUCUUUGACUGCAAUAUUCUCCUGGUCAUGGCCCUGGACCACUAUGUUGCCAUCUGCAACCCACUCCGCUACCCUGAGAUAGUGACAGGCCAGUUGCUAGCUGGCCUCAUUGGGGUGGCAGUUGUCAGGAGCGCAGGUAUUGUUGCUCCAGUGGUGGGACUGGCCUCUCGGGUUCACUUCUGCUGCUCAGAUGUGAUCCACCAUUUUGCCUGUGAGCAUAUGGCCUUGAUGAAACUCUCCUGGGGGGACAUCUCCUUAAACAAGACUGUGGGGCUCACCAUCCGCCUCUUGAACAGAGUCCUGGACAUGCUGCUACUUGGAACCUCCUACUCCCACAUCAUCCAUGCUGCAUUUCGAAUUUCAUCAGGCAGAGCACGUUCCAAGGCCCUGAACACCUGUGGCUCCCAUCUGCUGGUCAUCUUCACUGUGUACUCCUCCACCAUGUCCUCAUCCAUCGUCUACCGCGUGGCUCGCACUGCCUCCCAGGAUGUGCACAGCUUGCUCAGCGCCUUCUACCUGUUGCUCCCAUGUCUGGUCAACCCCAUCAUCUAUGGGGCCAGGACCAAGGAAAUUAGGCAGCACCUGGGAGUUCUGUUCCAAAGGGCACAGAUGCAGGUGACCACUAGAAAGGGCUAAUUCUUGUCCUCACAUAGGGAACUUCCUGCCUGA